UAUUUUUGGUGUGAUUGGAUAGAGAUAUAUUGUGUAACCAUAUUUGAUAGCAACUCCCGAUAAAUUUUCGCCCCGUGUCUCUUUUUCGUUUCUUAUUCCAUUGGCCUUUUCUUCCACUUUUGGCUGGGAGUCGCGCCACCCAAUUGAUAAAGACUAUUCGCAUUUUGUAGGUUCAACUCAACUGUUGGUUUUAGUUCGUGAUCGUGAGCUCAAGAGGUGAAAUUUCUUUUCUUUCUUUUUUUUACAAAAGAAAAUUCCAAAGUUUUCAAGGCUAAAAGUGCUUAAAAAGGAGAAUCUACUUUAAAUAUUCGAUUCUCAAUGCUUCAGAAACACCCUUUAAAAAAUCUGCUCUAAUUUUCAAAUGUGAUUUUAAUCAUAAAUUACGUGAGUUGUGCCAAUUUGUGCUCUCUCGGUUAUAAUUACUAAUUCACGUGCUGGAUAAGUUUCCAUCCAAAACACUCUCUUCUGCCUCUGCCUUUCUGGCUGGACUGUUUCUCACUUGAGAGAAGUGCACUCCAAAGUUUGUGAAAAGUUCUUCUCAAAUUCAAAAUUUCUGUGAAGCAAGUGGAUUCUGUGAAUCAACUUGAAUUUAAAGGAAUCAGGUGAAAAAAAAUCGUGUCAAAAGAAGGUGGCUCCACACGGGCGGAACCUACCGAAGAGCCCCCAAGACGUCAGUGCGAGACUGGACGAAGGAAAAGAUGGCUGCUUGUGGAGUUGCCGGUGUUGUUUCUCAAGGGAAUUCCAGUGAAUUGAAGUGUGAUACAUCUGCCAAAUGCCAUGGCCUGCCGAAUGGGACUCACAAGGGGACCAGCAAGAGGUGGAAAACUGUCGAGAUGAAUGGUCAUGCCAAGGUGGUGACAAAUGGUCAGAUAGGACAUGAGUUUGCUGGCCAGAGGAAACAGCAUGAUUCCACGAGCGCCAAGGAGUCAUACGAGGAAGUGCCUCUGUUUGUAGCCUGCCUCACUUACUUGGGCUUCUACCUGCUGAUGGUACUGGGCUACUUCAAUCAGCUCUUCUUCACGCCCAAAGUGGCCAAGGAGCGAAACCGGGAAGGCUACCCAUCGCUCUAUGACAACUUCGAGCGCUUCUACUUCAGAUACGUCUACCGGAGAGUGAGGGAUUGCUGGAACAGGCCCAUCUGCAGUGUUCCCGGAGCCGAAGUUGUCCUCAAGGAUCGCAUUACCAAAGACUACGGAUGGACUUUUGAAUUCACAGGAACACAGACCAAAUGCUUGAAUCUCGGUUCGUACAACUAUUUGGGCUUUGCAGAGGAGAAGGGUCCCUGUGCGGAUGCCGUUGAGACAACAAUCCGGAAGUAUGGCCUAUCUUCCUGCAGUCCACGCCUGGAAUUAGGCAAUAAUCCACUUCAUAUUGAAUUGGAAGCUCUUACAGCGGAAUUUCUGGGUGUGGACGAUGCCAUUGUAUUUGGAAUGGGAUUUGCAACAAAUUCCCUCAAUCUUCCCACCCUUCUGUCCCCGGGAUGCCUCUGUGUCAGCGAUGAGAAGAAUCAUGCGUCCAUUAUUUUGGGUUUAAGACUUUCGGGGGCCAAAACUGUAGUGUUCAAGCACAAUAAUAUGCGAGAUCUGGAACGGGUGUUGGAGAGAAAUGUGAUCAAUGGGCAACCGGGCAGUGGAGAGCCCUGGAAGAAGAUACUGAUUGUGGUGGAGGGAAUUUUUAGUAUGGAAGGGUCCAUUGUGAAGUUGCCUGAGAUAAUUGCGCUGAAGAAGAAGUACAAAGCGUAUUUGUAUUUGGACGAGGCGCACAGUAUUGGGGCAUCGGGGCCACAUGGUAGGGGUGUUGUAGACUACUUUGGCAUUGAUCCACACGAAGUUGACAUUCUCAUGGGCACAUUCACCAAGAGCUUUGGGUCGGCUGGAGGGUACAUCGCUGGAGAUAAGAGACUCAUCAAUUUCCUGAGAAGUCAAAGUCAUGCACAUUGCUACGCUAGUUCAAUGGCGCCCCCUGUAGCGCAGCAGAUCAUAACCUCAAUGAAGAUCAUCAUGGGGAAGGAUGGGACGAAUGAGGGGAGAAGAAGGAUAGAACAAUUGGCUAGGAACACACGUUACUUCCGACGGAGACUCGCCCAGAUCGGCGUGAUUACUUUUGGGCACGAAGACUCACCAGUUGUGCCAAUGCUUGUGUAUUUAUUCUCUAAACUUGGUGCCGUCGUUCGAACUCUGACCACGAAGAAUGUCGCAGUGGUUGGAGUGGGCUUUCCGGCGACGCCUCUGAUGGAGGGACGUAUCAGGUUCUGCCUCUCUGCCGCCCACACCAAAGAACAGCUGGACUAUGCCCUGGCGCAAAUAGAUGAAAUCAGUGAUACAAUGGGGCUGAAGUACUCGAGAAAACCACGUGAUCCCAAUCCCAUCAUCUACUAAGGAAUCUGCAGUGAGUGUUGAUCUUCCUCACAUCAAUUACGUCCUUUUUUUUUUAAAGAAAUCCUACUUCCCAUUCGAGUCAUUAUUUUUUUACAGUGUUAUCCUUUUCAGUUGGAUUUGUCCUCAAGAUAUCUGUUCAAAACUUUAUAACAAAAAAAAAAUACAUUUUUUGGUUUUUAUUUAUAAA